AAAAAAACGCAAUCGAAGUAGUCGAUGAGGACAAUCAAACGUCAGUUUCAGAUGUUGUUGAUGAUGAAGUUUCCACGACUCCAAUGGCAGUCACGGAGAUGAUAUCAAGACAAAGCCAGGGCGGAAGACAGGCUACUGAGGUUGCGAAGACGAUAUUUUAUUAUGAUCAGAGUUAUUAUGCUGCUGAACUAGGUCAAAGUUUCAAUGGUUGGUAUUGGCUGCUGUUCAAACACAGAAAGAGACUAAGGCCAUUUGUUGCAUUAAGAAUUCAAGCAGAUGAUAUCAAACCUGCUGAAGUAUGA